UUUAACAUUGAGAUGCUAGUUUAGUCUCUUGAAUAGCUUCGCUGAUCAGAUAAAUCUUUCUAGUGCAACAUGAAUGCAGAAAUAGUCUUUUCAGCGUCAAAUCAGAUUGGUAGCAGCAAAAAUGAACCCCCAGUGGCCGAGAGAAGCGGUUUGAAGCGCUGCUGAACCGAUUAGCGGACGUAGGCUACCAGAUGCGCAACAAAAGGUUCCGGUCUUCCAUCGAUACAGCAGGUCUUUGCAGCAGUUUGUCUUCAGAUUGCACAUAUUAUGGUUUACUGGAACACCUAAACCUGACUGCAUCAGAUACGGGUCUGGAAAUGAUCCGACCAGUGAAAAACUGGACCACCAUCACCAAAGUGGACCUGGAGAUGGUGCUGUACGGCAUUUUAGGGGUUAAUGAGAAGUCCCAAACUGUCACAAGUCACAUUUUUGUCACGAAGUAUUGGACGAAUGAAUUUCUAAGUUGGAAUCAAUCCGACUUCUGUGGGAUACAUGAGGUUUCUGUUCCCAAAGCAAAACUCUGGAUCCCGGAAAUAAUCAUUCAACAAGAUGCCUCUGAUGGCGACAGCGUCUAUGAAGGUCCUUGGGUCAUCGUGCAUCCCAACGGUUCUAUGUUCACCGUCUUCCGCCAGACGCUGACCUUCACCUGCCGCUUCAACCUCUACAAGUUUCCCUUUGAUUCGCAACGUUGCAACAUCACAUUUAUAUCCAUGGACAGUGACGUGAACAGCUUGGUCCUCGGAUCAGCCAAAAACGACUCGGUUCUGAUGGUCACAUCCACGCAGUUCAUGAUCACUCAGGGAGAAUGGGGUCUGAAAGACAUCGAAUUAGUCAAUGGAAACAUAACCAACGGGUGGAGAUAUCACAGCACUCUUUCUUACAUCGUGACAUUGGAGAGAAAACCGUUUCUUUAUGUCAUAAACUUCAUCAUCCCUCUGGUGUAUUUACUGUUCCUGGAUUUGGCUUCUUUUUCCAUCUCUGUGGAUUCGGGUGAAAAGUUUGGCUUUAAAGUGACUGUGCUCCUGUCCAUCUCCGUCUUGCUGCUGAUUCUGAAGGACAUUUUACCCUCGACAGAAGUAGACAUGCCGGUGAUUGCCAACCUCUGCGUCGCAGUGUUCACCUUGGUGUGGCUCAGUGUGCUUGAGUCCAUGCUGGUGAGCUUCCUGCUUAACCUGGAUCCUUGUUGUGAUAAAGAAAGUAAGAAAAUCUACAGGAAAAAGGACAUCAAAGGUCAGAAAGAGGCCGAUGAAGAGAAUGGACAAGUGAAACCAGAGCAGAGUUUUUUCGCUCUGGGUAAACUGGGUGAUGUGGAGCUGCUGAAGCUGAUCCUGGAGGAAGUGAAAGCCGCUCGACAGGAAGCUGGCAGUCAGAAGAAGCCCAGAUGCUACCGAAGGAUGGCCACAAUCAUCGAUAAUCUGUUUUUUGUUGGAUAUCUUUUGACUUUUGCUGCCUUUGUGAUGUAUAUAUGUGUUGGAUGGAUUAAUCUUUGAAUUUUUAUCUGGAUUUUCUACAUACAGUGAUAUUUGUCAGUGGAUACUGCUAAGUCUGUUUUUUUUCUUAAUAUAUGCAUGAAUUUAAACAGACAACAUUUUUCCUCAUACUUUUACAGGUUUUCUCUUUGUUCACAAUAAAAUGUUACACAUAUGAAAUGUAAACUUUGUAAUUUACUUCAAAGCCAAUGCAGACAUAAUGUAUGUUCAUAUGAUGGAAAAAUAAUUAACAUGCUAACUUUAAAACCAAAGUAAUAAAACAUAUUGAAUUAAUUUAGUCAUAAAGAUGCAAAAUAUGCAGAGAAAAGAUAUUCUGAACAUCAAAAAUGUUUGUUUUACUCUACAGACAAAUUGUUCUGAAUUGGAUUCAACUCUCAGUUGGUAAAAUGGGAGCAGAGAAAUUUGUAUAUUUCCUAAAAUAAGUCGGAGUCUGGCGUUCCUCAAGGCUCCGUUCUUGGGCCCCAUCUGUUCAAAAGCUGCAUGUUUCACCUUGCAGAGGUUUCAGAGUAUCUCCAUAUGCUGAUGACGAUUUUAUUUACUUUCCAAUUUGAUGUAUUUGUGACUUUUAUAAAUGAGUGAAUGUCUCAGAAAUUUCUCAAAUUUGAUCCCAAAAAGACAGAAAUUGUUGCAUCAGGAUUUAACUUUACUCAUCUUUUUAAAAUUUAUUUUAUUGAUUGUUAUGUUAUCAAGAGAGGUCACUGAAAAAUAAAUAUUUUGUGAAAGGAAGGAUCUUAAAACAUUUCUGAUGGUCUAUAAAGCAAUGAAAGGUCUGGGGAUUUUAUUUAUGAAUUUAAUUGUUGUUUUCUGUAUUCCUAAACUUCAUUAUCAUCGGUAAUAAAUAUUAUGUGUGAAUGGUGCAAUAAAGUAAGACUUGCAUUGCAUUGAAGUGUAUUUAUUGACCAUAAAGUGGAAU